CAAACAAGAAGCUGAAUUGCAGAGAGAGAGAGAGGCAGAGACAAAAUCAAACUCCAUUUUUGUUGAAUUUUCUUCAUCAACCCGUCAACAUUUUGCCUCACCGGGAAACCGCAAAAGAGAUUCAAUUUUGGUUUUUCCCCUUUUGAUGGACCCAAUCAAAAUUCUUUUGAUUUUUCUGUGUUUUCUCGUUCAAUCCUCUCAUGGAAAUGCAUCAGCGGUUAAAUCGACAAUCCGUUCUCCGACGUCGUUUGAUCCAACGCGAGUCACCCAAAUUUCUUGGUCUCCCAGGGCGUUUCUGCACAGAGGAUUUUUGACUGAUAAGGAGUGUGAUCAUCUCAUUGUUCUGGCUAAAGAUAAGCUGGAGAAAUCGAUGGUCGCCGAUAACGAUUCUGGCAAAAGUGUCGAGAGUGAAGUUCGAACAAGUUCGGGCAUGUUUCUUAAGAAGGCUCAGGAUGAAAUAGUUGCUGGCGUUGAAGCAAAAAUUGCCGCAUGGACAUUUCUUCCUAUAGAAAACGGAGAGGCUAUGCAGAUUUUGCACUAUGAGCACGGCCAAAAGUACGAGCCACAUUUUGAUUAUUUUCACGACAAGGCUAAUCUUGAAUUAGGUGGUCAUCGGGUGGCUACUGUGCUUAUGUAUUUAUCGGAUGUUGCAGAAGGCGGCGAAACAGUUUUUCCUAAUUCAGAGAUGAAAGAUAAACAGCCAAAGGGCGAAAAUUGGUCCGACUGCGCUAAAGAAGGCUAUGCAGUGAAACCUAGGAAAGGUGAUGCUCUGUUGUUCUUCAGUCUCCAUCCAGAUGCAACAACAGAUCCUUCAAGCUUGCAUGGGAGCUGUCCUGUAAUCGAAGGCGAGAAGUGGUCUGCAACAAAGUGGAUUCACGUGAGGUCUUUCGAUACGGCACCUGCCAGGUCAGCAAACGGGGAAUGUACGGAUGAGAAUCCAAACUGCACUGCAUGGGCUCUUAAAGGAGAAUGCGAGAGGAACCCUCUUUACAUGAUUGGCUCUGAGGAUGAUGUUGGGUAUUGCAGGAAGAGCUGUAAGGCCUGCUCGUCGUCGUCUUAGUAUAAUUUUGUCGGUCCCGUUUGUGUUGUUUUUUUAAUCGAGAAAUUAUCGGUUGUAUAUGAAAGAGGGUUUAUUGUACUGGGGGAUAUAGACUUUUGUAGUGCUGCCUAUAUACAAUACUGUCUUGAGUUGAACAUGUUUUCGCCAAAUGAUAAAUCGAAGAAGCUAAAACGUUAAAUUAACGACCUCGGAAAUUUACUCCUGAA